CGGCGGGUGUCCGGUUUCCAGCCAGCUCGGCAGGCUGGACUUCCUGUGUACACAACCGCCGCGAUUCAAGUUUGCUCGCGCUCGGCCGAGGAAUUCUGCCGGCAUACCAUGCGAGAAGAACACUUUUCCUCGCCUUUCUUUGCACUAUAGGCUGUGUAGGCGGUAUGUGCAUGUGUCUGUACUUCCUGGUGCCGUUCAGUGCGCAAAAACGGGCGUAACAACGCAGAACGGCAUUCCGUGGUUACCCAUUCCAGAGCCGGGUCCAAGCGCGAGGCUGACUUUCUAAUAUUUUCAGAAUCCCUGACAAAACAGCUUCAAAUGAUAAUGAGGUGUGCUGGACAGGUGUACUAUUCUGAAGGCGAGGUCACAUGUGGCCAUCUGACAGGUAUGCAACCCAAGCCCAGUGGAGUGUCACGGACCAUGUGGGCUGAAUGUGAAACUCAAGAAUGUUUGCAGGAAUAAUGAAAGAAGUUAACAUUGAUCAAUCUACAGUGCAACACUACUCAUAACUUGUAAACUGUUCAACCAAAUUGGACAGAGGAAGCCAAUAUGUAAGACUGAGUGCAAGAUGAAGAUGCUCUAUUUUAAAUGCUUUCAAAGCCAUGUCUUAAAAAAGGAUAAACUGCGGCAGAGUCAUAUCUGUCCUGUUUUCUUGGCUGACAGAAAAGCAUGACUAAGUGUGUAAAGCAGGUGUAAACACAGCACAAAGGGAGGACGUUUCAAUUUCAUCUGCACUUGGAGCCCACCAUGGCCGGAAUGUUUGACGACUACGAGUACGAUAUCCUCCCCACACUUCUGGAGGACGAGGAGAAUGUGUCGCUGGCCGAUAUCUUGGCGCUACGGGACGAGUGUUUGUCGGAGCAGGAAUUGUGGGCCAUCUGCAGAGAGACUUGCAUGGCGCUACGCAGCAUCGAGAUGUCCGACUUGUUCCAGACACUCUGCAUCACCCCAGAAACGCUCGCCUUCAACGCUGCUGGAAACGUCUGCUUCAUGGAUAUUCUGGAUGACAACCCAGAAGGCAUCUACAUCCCUCCAGAGUAUGACAAGACUGGCAACACAUUUAAGGCUCACCUGUACUCCCUGGGAGCCACACUCUGGGCAGCUGCACAUUACGUCAUCGAGCCGGAGGUAGAGCCCGUCAUCAGCCCGGGGUUCCGCGAACUCGUCACGCGGAUGACGUACGAGAACCCGACCGGCCGAUCCUCCCUCGAGCAAGUGAUUGACAUGUGUGAUGGAAAGCUGCAGGGGGUCUCUUCACAGAAAGUUUGUCGAAGUAUCUCAUCAAAGGGACGCAGAAUCUUGUCAAUUGAGUCACUUAAUGAUAUUGAUUACGCGGCACAGAUGCAGCAGCACGUGACGCGGCACCCCCACCACGCUACCCAGGCCCGGCGCCCUCGCCCCCGCAGUCUGUACAGUCCGGACAGCAUCGACGACACGCGGCCGAGCCAGGACACCACCACUAGCCCUUCCUCCACAGGCAGCAGUAAGACAUGCACCCCUCAUUCUUCUCCUGACAAAAGCCCCACAAAAACCCUGACUGGCUCUCCUCUGAAGAGCCCUGGGAAGGUUGGACUGUCUUUGGGAGGGCCCAGUCCAAAGAAGAUGUACUCUCCUUCUUUUAAAUCCAACCAAGGCAUUGUGUUCUUUCCAGACGGUUUAAAUGUAUCUGCACAGAACAGAAAUCCUACAAAUCCCAAGGAAAGAAACAAUGAUAAUGAACAACUCAGACACCAUGAUUCCAACAGAAAUCCUUUACCACAGGCAGCUACUGUGUCUGUUACCACGGGAACCUCUGUGAGUGUCACAACUUCUGUGGUGACUUCACCAACGGCGACCAUGAAUAACGAGGGUAGCUUCCAUCCUGUUACAAAGAACUCCUACAUGUUGCUGACCAACAAGUUUACCACAAUGAAUUUAAAUACAUCAGAACAAAAGCCAUUGCUACGGAGACCAGAAGCUCUUUCAAGAGCAAAAACAGGUCAGUCAGAAGUUCAAGACACACAUGGAGGACCAUCAGGUGAAGGUGUCUCAGAGAUAAGACCUGGGACUGUUAGUGCAUUACUAGAGAGAUACCGCAUGGGGAGAAUAGAAAACUCAGGCAAGGACAGGGAAAUGGACACCAAAAGUUCCAGCCAAAGUUUAAACAGCAUUUUAUCGCCGACCUCUGUGGGAGAUACCAGUGGAGUUUGGAAUGCUAAUGCAUUAAUGAGACAAAACUCUGCAGAUGCACUACAAGAAAGUGCAAAGGAUUCUGGAGACUCUGCCGUGCUGAGGUCAUCGGCCUUUGCACAGGUGAUGGAUAAGAAACUGAGAGGGAGAAGCCGCUCCCUCGAGGAAGUGAUUGCUGCUGACAGUACCAUGAAGUGUCUAAGCCUGCAGUCCAUCCUGACCCGGGUGGGGAGCUGUCUGCAGGAGCGCGAGGUCUGGGCGCUGUGUCGGGAAUCCAUGAUCAGCCUGGAGAAAGACAACACCGCUUUCCCUUCUUACCUCAGUUUGGACACGAUAGCAGUGGAGGAGUCUGGGAAAAUAGCAUUUCAGCAGGGAGAAGGUGAGAUGGAGACCCUGUACCUGGCUCCUGAGAUGCAGAAGGGAAGCCCCCCUACAGAACAGGCCUGUGUUUUUGGGGUAGCAGCCAGCCUUUGGUCUGCUGCCGACUGGGGUCUACCAGCCAACCAGGAACCUGCAUUGUCUGACCAAUUGGAAGGCUUGUUAGUGUCCAUGACACAGGACAAGCCUGGGGACAGGCCGUCCAUCAGAGAAGUGUUACAGAUCUGUAAUUCUUAUGACCAGCGCAGUGACGUGUCGUCCAGACUGACCUGUGAGAGGCUGGUCAGAGAAGCCAUGAGAGCGGAGGUUUUCAAUGAAAACAAUAAGCUCGUCCAGCAGUGCCUAAAGGAGGAAGCAGAAGAAAGGAAAGAGCAGUUCAGAGCCAGCGUGGUGGCAGCAAUUGAUAUGGCUGAUCCCAAGUCUGCGCUCAAGCCAGCUUCAUUCCGCCCUGUUGCUGAGCGGCCCAAGGAGCCGACUGGUUGGGACCAGCUGCUGGAGCAGAUCCAGAAGCCUCCACACGGGCUCAGACAGGUAACAGAACCAAAGGUGUUUGGCGUGAAGGACUUGUUCGAGGCCAAUCCUUAUCUGUUGAAGACGUUGCGCAUCAUCCGCCGACCAGCAAGAUCUAGAAACUCACCCAAGUCUGAUGCACCCAAAGCUCUUCCCUCUGCUGAACAGGGCAGGCUAGACUUGGUGGGAAAUAUCCGCCCUUCCAAGGAUGCUGGUCAGCUGAUUGCAGAUGCGUCCUCAACAGAAAGCAAAAUGGAACCUGUGAGUUCAAGUGGACUCUCUGACAAAGAGCAAAAGCAGUCAAUAGAAGAGGGGAGCAAGACAAUCUCCGACUCUCCUAAACUCAUGGCUGGACCAGAAUCUGCAUUUAGGAGUAUCUCCAACAUCCGUCCAAAAACUGGGAGCCUGGACCAGAUGUCCGGUGGGGAAAUGUCGAGCAGUCCGUCCACAAAGGAGUCAUCUCCUUCCCUUCCCUCUGCUUUCACAUCCUCAGCAACGCACUUCACCCCCAUUGUCUUAACUAGUCUGAAGGAAAAGUCUGUCACUGGUCUGCAGAACCCUCAGACUGGAUCCCCUCCUAAGAAGAUCUCCACAAAGAAGAUAGUCAAGGCUGUGCGAAAAGAUUUGUUGCUUUCCUUAAAGAAUCGCCCUCCUCCCACACUGGCAAACGACUUAGAGAAAGACUUGGAGGAGGAGAUGAGGAAGACCUCGGACUCAGAGAAGGCAGACAGUCCUGCUACAGCAGAACAGAGACCAGAGGAAAACAAGAGUACAGCUAAAGCUGAGAAACAAGCUGCUAACCCAGAAGUUGCCAUAACCAAGAUGCCUCCUGUGGCUGAGGUGAAGGGUCAGGUGCAGGGCCCCAGACAGAGCCACACGGACGGAGGGGCUGAUAGUCUUGGCGCUGCAGCGCCUGCCAGUCUUGCCACCUCAAACACGAAUGCAGUCCCAUCACAUUCGGGGAUGUCCGGCCCAGGUUUCCACAGUGGAGUGCCUCAACAGAUGGUCCAGCCAACACAGAACUCGGCUCACCAGGUGCAGCCUCCAACUGCAGCUGCAGCUGGCAGCCAGUCGCAGAUGCCUUCCCUUUCAGCUAACCAGCCUUUCCUCAUCCCAAAUAUCCCCAUCAGUGGGAUGUACCCCAAUAUCUCAGUCCCAAUGCAGCUUCAGCAAGAUCCACAGACUGGCUUCUUCCAGCUGGUACCAGUAAACAUGCCAGCCAUACAGAUUACACCACCGCACACCCAUGCAGGGGUGAUGGGGACAAUGCCAGCAGGGGGUGAGGGUGUCAGCACCUCAAAUGUGCAAUUCACACAGGCAUUGCCAGACAGUCUUGUGUCAUCCACUUCUACCAGCUCCUAUGAAGCUGAGCGUGGAGCCAACAAAGAACCAUCAGAAACUGUCCCAAAGAAGACAUGGAGAGAGAUAUCAGAGGAAAGAAAAUCUCCAAACCCUAUGGCAGAGAACAGAAGAGCAGCUAAGCACGGUGGUAGUGAGAGCAACAAAGAUAGCAAGGCACCAAAGCCUCCCCCAAGGACAAAGCACAAGUCUGGGCUAACCUUAGGACAGAAUGAGGUAGUCCUUAGCAAGAGUGAUCAGGACUUGUCAAAACCUGCCAGGAAACCGGACUUGAACACAAGCAAGAGUAUCGAGUCAAUCAUUCCAAUGGAAAACGAACAUAGCAAAAGCCCUGCCAGAAAGAAAUCUGACCCUAAGAAGUCUAACAAAUCCAGAUCACGGAAGCACUUGGACAAGUCCUCAGAACUGUUGACAUCACAGGGGGUCAGUCCAUCACCGCCGCUGUCGUAUGUAUCGCGAGACAGCGGCGUACAGCUGAGUAAGUCCAGCACAGAGGAUAUGACACAGUUGGACACAACGCCCACCCCAGAGGAAAUCAAUGGAACACUUGGCAAAGUCACACAGCUGAUAAGGGAGGAAUUCGCAUUUGAUGGUUACUUGGAGAAUGGGGUGGAAGAUAGAGCCAUGGCUGAUUACAUCAUGUCCUUGGCGAACCUGCGCUGGGGGACGUUCAGUGAUGCAGUAACAGAGAAGUACUGUGACCUGUACUGGGAGGAAGAGCUGCUGGAGAAGCUGUUUGAAGCCAUCAAUGGUCGUAUGCCUGAGAAGAGACACAAAGCCAAACUGAGCUCACCCAAACCGCCCCCAGAGACGGCACGAGUACUGAGCAUCGACGAGCCAGGCUCAGAAGGAGACGACAACUACCUUGCAAACCAGGACAUUGACCUUCUCCAUAUGUUCAUGGGUCGCCACCAUCCAAUCAGAGAGGAGGAAGAGGAUCAUGUGACUGGUCCCCUCUUUCCUGUGGAGAGUAGGAGUACCCGGAAGCUGCGAGGGGACAGCUUACUUUCAACAACGAGCUCAACAUCUUCAUCCAGUUCAGCAAAACAUGACAAAACGAGACAACCUGUUGUGCCAAAGAACUUGGUUCAGGUGCAGAGUGCAGAGGAACAUUCCGACACUGAAAUGGACAUGGAUACGGGUAUGUUGCCAGGCAACCUUGGAGGUAGCCAGGCCGUGAAACCCAAACUGGUACGGGUACGAAGUCAGGACACCGCCUCGGAGGGAGACAGUCAGGAGGUGACAGGAUCGGGCGGAGAGGACUCGGGGGGUAAGGAAGGGAGUAAGUUCCAGCGCCUGCAGCAGUCGUGGCUCCGCCGGCAUGGGAGGGAGUAUGACUCUGACUCCAGCUCCACCAGCGGGAAGCACUCGCCAAAAACACGGCUGAAGUCACAGGGCAACGACAGGACCAAGAUUCGCCAGCUUCUGGACAGCACCAUGACACGAAGGAACAGCAGCUCGUCUCUGAACAGCAGUGCUCCAUCCAUGCCCAACAGUCAGUACUCUAAUGAGUACGCCAGCAGCUUUGUCCCCAACUCUGCUCUGGUGUCGUCCAGCUCGCGGUCUCGCAGCCACGGCAGCCCUGCCAGCAGUGUGGUGUACCUGGGAGCAGAGAACCUGGAGCUGGACCCAGUUCUGCAGGACUACACACGGCAGCUCGGCGCCAUGGACGAGGAGAAGAAACAAAGUAUAGAGGCAAAGAUUGCGGAAGUGGAGCAGCAGCUGAUGUUUGAGCAGAAGCAGAGGUCCAAGUCUCAGAAGUUUCUGCGGCGGCUGCUGGAGUCAGACAGGAAAGGCAAAGAUGCAGAAUGGGGCCUGAGCCAUGGAGAGAACAAGGCCAUGGCCUCCAAGCUGAACAAACAGAUCAUGGAGAUGUCGGAGAGGCUGGAGUUCCUGGAGUCUGCCAAGAAACAUUUGGAGAUGCUGUAUGCAGAGCAGUGGGGAUUGGAUCAUUCCCUCCUCUACUCCUUUGCCACAAGCACCUCCGCAGAGCCGAUGCAGCUCGAGCCUGCUGAUGUCAACCCCCUGCUGAUGUUCCAGUGGUGUAAGGAGGGGGACGGUGCAGGGGGGUACGCCCGGGGGACAACGCUGCAGGCUGGCACUCCAGUCGGACUCUUCUCCUACCUGUUUGCUAGGGAUUCCUUGAUGGAAGGUUUCAUCCACCAUUUCUUCUACACCUACCGCUACUUCGCCUGCCCCUCCGAGCUCCUGUCCUUCAUCACGGAGAAGUUUCACAGCGCCAUCAGCGUGUCCGUGGACCAGCUGGACAACAAGGUCCGCGUACACUGUCGCACCAUCGACCUGAUGCAGGUCUGGGUCGAGGGCUUCUUUGAGCUGGACUUCAAGCACGAUGCAGAGCUGACUGAUCGCCUCAUGGCCUUUAUCAGGAAUAAGAUCAUCCCACUGGACACGCAGGGGGAGAGCCUGCUGCGUCUGACGCAGGCGUGUCAGCAGGGCCGGUACAUGGCGCUGAGCGGGACCAUGAAGGAGGCGCCGGAGGAGAACGAGGGAGAACUCUUCCAGAUGGUGAACGAUCGCAUCAUCAUGGAGCAGCACCAGGCUCUCAAGAAGACCAACUCCUUCCGCAUCUCCCUGUCGCUGCCCAAGAAGAUGCAGGGUCGGCAGGCCAAGCUGGCACGGGCCAACGUCAUCUCCUGUCUGAACAACCGGCGCGACCUGGGGGACGACCAGAGCGUGUACCAGCUGGCCCUGGCGCGGGAGAAGGACGGGUUCACGCUGAGCGAGUACACGUCCCGCACGCUGGCCGAACAGCUCACGCUGAUGGAGCAGGAACUUUUCUCCAAAGCCCACCCCAUCCACUACCUGAACUCUCGUGCCCACGGCGUGGGGGUCAGCGGCAACCUGACCAGUCCCAACACGCCACGCACCCAGCGCCUCGCGGCGGGCUCCCAGGAGCCGGACAGCCCCAGUCUGUUCCACCCGGACAACGUGCAGGACAACUACGUGCUGACGCUGCUGGAGCAUGCCCAGAACCUGAGUCACUGGGUGGGGGCGGAGAUCGUCUGCUGUAACAGUGCCAAGUCUCAGCUGGCCGUGCUGACCAAGUUCAUCCACGUGGCUAAGGCUUGUUAUGACAUGCGGAACUUUGCCACAAGCAUCGCAAUUCUGGACGCUCUGGACAACCUGAUAGUGCGGCAGCUGCCGGCCUGGCGGAGCCUGCCGUCCAAAGUACUGCAGAUCAUGGAGGACCUGAAUGCUGUGAAGGUGAUCCUGAAGAGUGACAGUGGCUGCCUGGUGGACGGUGAGAACCACCGCGGACGUGCCACCAUCCCCCCCACCCUCCUGUUCCUCAUGCACGUGCAGCAGCAGGAGAUCGGAGCCUUCACCAUGGCUAACGGCAUGUACAAGUGGGCCAAGCUCAGAUCAAUCGCUCGUCUGAUUGACCAGAUCCGGCUCUUCAAGGAACACCGCUUCCAGUUCGAGGCAGACAAUGAGCUGCAGCAGUUGCUAUGGCAACGCAUCCAGGAGUUCCGGGGUCACGACCUCCAGAUGCUGGCAUCUGAACAUGUGACCAACUACCACCAGCUGUCGGGCGAGAAGAACUCGCGCAAGUUCCACGACGCACUGAGGAGAGUUAAAGCAACAUUCCAGUGAAGUGGCUUUGAGCAGACAAAAAUGUCAAAUCUUUUACAGACCUUUGAAGUCUUGAGUCGUUGCUGAGAGUUGUGAGUUGCCUUGAUAGUAAAAUGUGUGGCUUAUAUUUUGGUGGUGGAUUGAAGAAAAUGUAUUCUUCACUGUACAAAAUGCAUUUCUGAAGACUAUCGUUCCCUGAACCAUUACUGUUCUCAGAUGUUACUAUAGCAACAGCUGGCAUCCUUGAUGUGUUACUAUGGCAACUGAUGACAUCCUUAAGGUGUUAUUAUGACAACACCUGAUGUACUGGAUGUGUUACUAUGGCAACAGCUGGUGUACUGGAUGUGUCAUUAUAGCAACUCUUAUAGCUACAUUUUGUAUAUUUCAGUAUUUCCUAGAAGGAGGGCCUAGUACUUACAUGUUCUGCUGUACAUGUAGUUCUUGAACCUUUUACAAGUGUAUUUUGAUCAGGCUCCAUAAGACAAGAAUGGAAGACUUGUUGACAAAAGCAUAGACAUUUGUAACAUGAAAGAAGGUACACCAGAUUUGAACCUACACCCCUGGAUGUCCUGGUACACUAACAGUGUGUACAGCUCUAGUGUUGCAGUUAAGAUGGCUGGUAUGAUGUAUAUGUAUAGUGCUGCCACCAUGGCCUUCUUGUGAGAACACUAAUAGCAUACGCAUUGACUUCUAAGAGCUAUGUACAACAGAACAGCAGAUAGAGUAAAGAGUAAGGGUACACCUGAACUGCACCAAUGAAAAGUGCUGUGCUAGAAAUGCUAGGUUGUGGCUACGUAUACGAUACUAGAGCUGGUCUCCACAAUACGUCAUGAGGAUUUUAGGAGGUAUUUAGGCCACAUGGUUGAGCUGGGAGAUCAACUGACAUGUCACAGUAAGGUAGCACAAACAUGAUCAUGAAAGUAUCUCAAUAAUGGCUGGUAAGCCCUGCAAGCUGCUGGUAUUACAGCCUACAGGUACUGACAAGUCACAGUAAGGUACAUGUAGCACAGUGAUCAUGAAAGUAAUGGUAAUGGUUUAUGGAAUCGAAACUCAUAGCAGCCAAAAAGGCUAAUAAUGGAUGGUAAGCCCUUCAAGCUGCAGGUGUUAUAGGUACUGUGUUAUAACUGCUGCAGUUUGGACAGUUCCCUUAGACCUUCUCUUCUUAAUGAAAUUUUGUGUCAUCAGCUUAAGAAGUAUUUUAUUAACUGUCUGAUCUCUCAAAAGAACAGAAAAAUUCUGUUUGUCCAGGGGAAGUCUUUUUCAAGACAGGUUCUGUACAUUUUUUUUUCUGAACACCAAUUUUAUGUUGCCAUGGAAACCUAAAAGUAACCUUGACCUUACAUGACCUAUGGUGUAAUGGUACAGAGAUGCCAUGGGCCUGAUAACUGAUUGUUUGUUAGUUUAAUUUUUGACUAGAUCAGCAUCUAAAACAUACAGCUCAGAAGACAUAAUUACCACUGCAAUUGUUACAGGACAUUAACUACAUUGUGUAGAAGUCAGUCAUUGCACUGUCCCAUUUUUCAAAAGUACUACGACGUCACAAGCCAUGAUAACAGUGCUAUGUACAGUCUUGUGAAAUAUUUGUAUAUUCUAGAGUAAUGUUAUAUGGUAGAGGACUUCUCUACAUUUGUGAGGAUUGAGAAGUUUGUUGUGUAUGCAACCUUUGUAUAUUGUAAAUGUAGCCAAGGGUGCCAAAACUUGAGAGAGCUAUCCUCAGUAUGUAAAAUGUGUUGUACCAUAGCAUAGCCAAGAGUAACUGUACUAUAUUAUUGAUUUGAUAUGUACAUGUAUACUGUCACAUCAGUCAGAGAAUCUUUAUACUUAUCUCAUGUAAAGUGGUGUAGAUAUAGUUUUUUUGUUUGUUUUAAAAUGUCUUUUGCUCUAUUUUUGGUACUAUUUAACUUUUUUAUGUUGCAUGAGUGUGGUGUUUUUGUAAGGCUUAGCUUUAAGGCAAAGGUAAUGUUUGAGCUAGGGUAUUGUUUUGUAAUUCUUAAAUCAGGGCAUUGUUAUUGACUCUUGCCAGAUACUAAUGUUAACUGUUUAUUUAUUCCAAUAGAUUGAAGAAAUGGUG